CAGUCCGUGAAUGAAUGGUGGGUCUAGCAGUCUCACCACGACAUCGAAGAGAACGCUAAAUAAACACAACAACGUGGAGCUUUUCGGUGACAACUGACAUACAGACAGACUCGUGAAGGACGGCUUUUCUUUGCAAAGGAACAUAUAUUCUCUCGUUGUCACUGCGGUUUUGGGAAAGCCAGUUGAAAAGUCUGUUUUUCCCGGGCCGUUCAAUGUUUACACAUCGCUCCAGAUGCCACGAUUUAGCACACUGGACAAACUCAACACUGUUUGAAAAGCUCGGUCCUUGUGCAAAUAGUUACUUUGCAACACAAGUAAACACCAAACGGAGCUGUCAUUUCGAUGGUUUCGGCAGUAAAGUUUUCUACAAAUUGAUGACUCCAGUGGAAGAACAAACAAUAUCAGCCACCACCCUGUGACAAUCUGGGCAGCGAGUGCUGCAGUUGUUUCUAACGACACGAGGAACGCAUGCUGUCUUUGUUGCAAUAACUUUCUCUCCUCAACAAGGACUUCGUGAAUUAUGGGUUAUUAAUUGUUGCCAUAUAGAUAUUUAAAGGUGUAUCUAGCCAAUUGGUUUUGCAGAGAUGGCGGGUCGGGAUGACAAAGAGAAGCCAGAUAUUAAAAGGUUUUCCCUCUGGUACAUCGGCUGGUCCUCUUUGGACAGGCGGACUACCCUGCCUAUGUUGCCGUGGCUGGUGGCGGAGAUCCGAAGGAAAAGUGAGAAGAACGAGUCUGGACGCGAGACGGGUCCUGUCCAGGCCAGGGAAGUUCAGCUAGUGCUCACGCCGCCGUUAAUUCGAUGUAUCCCCGCCAACAAUGCCACCAACUCGUCCGUCUUCAUCUUUGAGCAUAAAGUACAGUUUAUCUCGCGGUUCAUCCACAACAGUAAUGACCUCACCUAUUUCGCCUACCUUAUCCGGAGCCAGCCCGACAACCCCAAGUCGGAGAUGACAUGCCAUGUCUUCAGGGCGAACGACCCAAACCAGGUACCAGAGGUGAUCAGUAGUAUCCGUGCGGUAUCAAAGUCAGCCCUAAAGGAGGACUCCAAGCCCAAGCAGGAGACUGACGAGUCCUUCUAUAACUCCCAGAAGUUUGAGGUGCUUUACUGCGGCAAGGUGACUGUCAGCCACAAGAAGGCUCCCUCCACCCUCAUUGAUGACUGCAUCGACAAGUUCCGCCAGCACGAAUUGGAGAGCAAGUGCAUGCACCUCCUCAGCGGCCAGCAGGUGUCCACAGAGAGCACCCCCGUGGAGCUCAUCGUGGGGGGUGACGGAGACCCCCUCUCCUCAACCACUCUCAGUGAGGGGCUGGAGGAUGAUGAUUUCACUAACGGAGGAGAUUUUGGCGGGACGGGCAUGUCCAACAGCCCCAGCCUGGGUAGCCUGCGUGGGACCUUUCCUGAGUGCAUCCUGGAGGACUCUGGCUUUGAGGAGCAGCAGGAGUUCCGGACACGUUGCAGCAGCCUGGUCGGCAUCCUGCAGCGGAAGCCCGGGGAGGGGGCGCUCAAAGCCGCCCCUGCACGCCGCCGCCACGCCAGUGCCCCCACCAACGUCCAGCCCUCGGACGCCGACAAAAACCGCACCAUGCUCUUCCAGGUCGGACGCUUUGAGGUGAACCUGAUCAGUCCAGACAGUAAGACGGUGGUGCUGGAGAAAAAAUUCAAAGACAUCUCGUCCUGCUCUCAGGGUGUAAACAAGACGGACCACUUUGGGUUUAUCUGUCGCGACCCGGGGGAGUCUGGUCCGGGCCAGUAUGUGUGCUAUGUCUUCCAGUGUGCCAGCAAAUCCCUGGUGGAUGAGGUGAUGCUGACUCUGAACCAGGCCUUCAGUACGGCUGCAGCUCUGCAGAGUGCCAAGACUCAGGUCAAGCUGUGCGAGGCCUGCCCUAUGCACGACCUGCACAAACUCUGCGAGAGGAUCGAGGGUCUGUAUCCUCCCAGGGCCAAGCUGGCCAUCCAGAAGUACCUCUCUCAACUGACUGACAACGAACAGGUGGACAUUUUUGAGCGAGUUCAGAAGAUGAAGCCUGCGUCAGACCAGGAAGAGAAUGAGCUGGUGAUUCUCCACCUCCGCCAGCUAUGUGGAACCAAGCAGGGGUUCCACCUCCACAUCGGAGAGGCCCCCCAGAAUGCCCCUAACACCGCGGCAGCACCAGCAGACGGCACAGGGGCGACUGGUGGCCGCUUUAAACUGGACAUCCUGAAGAACAAAGCCAAGAGCUCUCUGACCAGCUCACUGGAGAACAUCUUUUCACGGGGUGCCAACCGGAUGAGAGGCCGCUUGGGAAGCAUGGGGAGCUUUGAGAGAGCGGACGACUCUCCCGGCAACUCCCCGCCAGGCACACCCCCUGGGUUCCCUGACGACAAUCCUGACGCCCCCCAGUUCCGGCGGCGUGCCCACACCUUCAGCCACCCGCCUGUGAAGAAGCGUAUCUCGUUCAAUGACGCGCCCACCCAGUGGGGCCAGCAGGGGGUCACUGGUACCCACAGCAAGGCCCCGCUCCGCAGGCAGCAGUCUGUCAACCCUGAACUGCUGCAGAGCAGUAAUUGGGAGGGUAGGAAGAGGACCCUGUCUGGAUGCAGCAGUGACAGUGUGAGUGUACCCCUCACCCCCCGCAAAGUGUCCUGGAGACAGAAGAUCUACCUGCGGGUCGCCUCACCCAUGAACAAGCCCACAUCUAUGCAGGACCCAGACCACUUUGAUGUGCGGGAGCUGCUGCCCCUCUCCCCCCGCUCCUUCUACCCAAGUCUGGACCCCCUGGCCAACCAACUGCCGGCUUUGCGAGACCCCUUCACUGGGGAGAGGCCCAAGAGGACGAGGGCACAUUACCGGGCCCUGUGGAAGACUGCGAUCCACCAGCAGAUACUGCUGCUGCGCAUGGAGAAGGAGAACCAGAGACUGGAGGCGAGUCGAGACGAGCUGCACAUCCGCAAGAUUAAGCUGGACUACCAGGAAGUGGGGACGUGCACUAAAGACGUGCAGGCCUUCUGGGACAGGAAGUUGAGCGUUCCGGUCAGAGCCAAGGUCCCGCUGGACAAAGAGGAGGUCCACAAUGCAGUCUCUCAGGGUGUCCCUAAGGGCAGGCGUGGGGAAGUGUGGCUCCUCUUCUCCCACCAGCAACGUCUGAAAUACCGUCAGCCCCCCAGCCGCCACGCCCCAGACACCCCCUACCAAGACCUGCUGAUGCAGCUCACCGCCCAGCAGCACUCCAUACUGGUUGACCUGGGUCGGACGUUCCCCACCCACCAGUACUUCGCAGCCCAGCUGGGUGCAGGGCAGCUGUCCCUCUACAACCUGCUCAAGGCCUACUCUCUGCUGGACACGGAGGUGGGCUACUGCCAGGGCAUCAGCUUUGUGGCAGGUAUCCUGCUGUUGCACAUGAGUGAGGACCAGGCCUUCGACAUGCUCAAGUUCCUCAUGUAUGACCUGGGCUUCCGCAAACAAUACAGCCCUGACAUGACUUCUCUACAGAUUCAGAUGUACCAGUUGUCCAGGCUGCUGCACGACUACCACAGGGAGCUAUACAGCCACCUAGAGGAACACGAGAUCUGCCCCAGCCUCUACGCAGCCCCAUGGUUCCUCACGCUCUUUGCCUCCCAGUUCCCACUCGGAUUUGUCGCACGGAUAUUUGAUAUCCUAUUUGUCCAGGGGAAUGAGGUGAUCUUUAAGGUGGCUCUUUGUCUACUGUGCAGUCAUGAAGGGGAGAUAUUGAAGUGUGAUAGCUUUGAAACCACCGUGGACUACCUGAAAACUACAAUUCCCAACCUCACCCACACCCAGAUGGAGGAGACCAUCUCAAAGGUGUUAGAGAUGGACAUCUCGAAGCAGCUACAUACAUAUGAGGUGGAGUACCACGUGCUGCAGGAUGAGAUCGUGGACACUGUGCCCCAGUCAGACGACUCAGACCGCCUUGAUAAACUGGAGAAGACCAACAACCGGCUGAAGAAACAGAACAUGGAUCUGCUGGAGAUACUGCAGGUGGAGCGUCAGAAAAUCCAGAGCCUGGAGACCAACAUGGAGAACUUCUUGUCACGCGAGUCCAAGAUGAAGCACAUGAUUCGCUCGCUGGAGCAGGAGCGCCAGUCCUACCAGAAGACUAUCGAGCACAUGCGCUCCUGCCUGGCCCCGGACAGCCUAGCCGACGUGGAGAUGACCCGCAUAGUCAAGCCAGCCCAGGGGCCAAACGGCAAGUCCAAGCCCGCUGCCAGUAAGCCCUGAUGGGGAGAGGAGAGGAGGGUAAAGUUGCCCGAUCUGGAGGUCUGGAGUGAGAGACUCUGGAGAAUAGACAGAGGGAGGGAGACGGUGGUUACGGACUCUGACGAUGGAUAGAAUUUAUUUACAUUUGGAAGCGAACUUAAUUGGCACAAAUUAACUUUGUGAGACUGUUUAGCCGUACAUGUUUGGGCCCUGUACAUGUUGUCAUUUCCCGACAGGAAGUGUAGUUCCAAUGGGAUGUCGCCCUUUCGACAGACAGACUGACUGACAGUUUGGGAACUGUCAAUCUCCUUACAGACCACGCACCAUAGUUGAGUAGGUCAAAGGGGAGAUGUGGGGGUAGCAGUAUGGGAGGAAGGCACAAGUGUCUCAGCUUUUAUUUUUCAACUUGAUUAAGCUUGCCUGUCGCAAUGGAACCAACCAAUGGAGCAAUCCCAAAAGUGCAAAGCCCUUCCAUCUGGUAUUUCAGACAGGCUCAAUCAAACGCAAAAUUAAAAGAAAACAAAUACUACUUGAACCCAGGUUUGGAGCAUCAAGUCCAAUGUCCAUGACAACGUCUGUGUUCCAGCCAUGGCUUUGCUGAACAACACUGAUCAACAUAGCAUUUGUGCUUUUCUUUAGAUUUUAAAGAUACUUGAAAAUUAUGGAUGCGAAUGUAAUUUGCCCUCCAAAGAGUUUCGUGAUUAAGAGUUUGUGUCAUUGGGGCAUAACAUAACCAGGCAAAUGUUGAUGUCUGUGUAAAGUAGCUACAUGUCGUGGUUGAGAAUCAUGUCUAGUUUGCCUUGUUAACAUGUUCUUUACGUGUUUUGUUUUUGUGUUGCUUCUCGCAAAACACACAGUCUACAAAGGAACUGAGGCGGCUGCAGCCGUUGCGCGAGAGAAACCAAAUACUUAUAGCUUCUGUGGUUUCGGGAGGAAGUGCUUCACCCCAAACCAGAGACAGGAUGUAAGGGUGUCUGCCUCGCCAUUUCCUGUGUGACUGACCAAGGUGUCAUCCCAGAUUCAGGGGGCUGUGAUGGUGCAACACUUAGAAAUGUUUUGUAUAGAGCAUCUGAAAGAAUUCCAUAUUUUGUUAGAGUUAUGCCUGCUUCGCAGAUUAUUGCUGUCUUUUUUUGUCACAUUUUAGACAUCCGCUAUGGUUGACUCACUCUUAAGAGUGUACACAUAUUUUCAUCAUCAUCCUCUGAUACACUUUCUGGGUGUGGGCCUAUCAAGGCUUGUAUUUCUCUGAUGUUUUCAUACUGAAUUGGUACAGCUGACGGAUGUAUUUUGAAUGUGCUGUGUUUGUGUGUACACGUCCACAGGAAUCAAGAAGAAUAUAAAGAUGGUUUACAGUCUCUGUUAGGCUGGAGAACAGUUGGCUGCCACUGUAGGUCCACUGGGUGUAGUGCUCACACACACACACACACACACACACACACACACACACACACACACACACAUAUACACACACACAUAUACACAUA